AUGCGGGGCUUUUUCGUGUGGCUGGCCUUCGCAGUAGCCGCCGUGUCGGUUACUGUAUUGGCGCAGGACCCUAUCCGGAGCCCGACCAAUGACUACUUUACGCCUCGUCCCACUUUCACGCCUGCAACUACAUUUGUGAGUGCUACGAAUGGCCAGCCUACAAUGAUCAGCGGUGUUGGUCCCGCUGUAGCUCCGAGCUCCUAUACCUGGAAUUACACAAAGCCGACGCAGACUGUACCGGCCCCUGGCAACCAAACCCUAUCUCAGAGUCUGAUUAAAGCAGGCUAUGGACCCAGUGUGAGUCAGCUGUUACCAUCUGGCAAUGGUGUUCAGACACCGAUUGGCGUGGAUGGAGCCUGGGCAAUCAAGGCGCCAAGUGUAGCAGUCCUCUGCACGAUUGUCCUGGUUCUCCUUGGCCUCGCCACCCUGUAA